GACUGGCUCUUCAAGCAGACGUCACUCAAAACAAGAAGGCUCCGCCCUCCUCAAGAUGGCGCUGCACUCAAUGCGGAAGACGCGUGGGUGCUGGAGCUUCAUCCGGGCACUUCACAAAGGACCAGAAGCUGCCCUCCCUCCCCAGAAAGAUGCCGCGAGGCGCGUGUUCUCGGGCAUUCAGCCUACAGGGAUCCCUCACCUCGGCAAUUACCUGGGGGCCAUCGAGAGCUGGGUGAGCCUGCAGGACGAGCCUGGCUCCGUGCUGUACAGCAUCGUCGACCUGCACUCCAUCACGGUCCCCCAAGACCCAGCUGCACUGCGGCAGAGCGUCCUGGACAUGACGGCCGCGCUCCUUGCCUGCGGCAUCAGCCCGGAGAAGAGCACCCUUUUCCAACAGUCUCAGGUGGCUGAACACACACAAUUAAGUUGGAUCCUCACCUGCAUGGUCAGACUACCCCGAUUACAGCAUUUACACCAGUGGAAGGCGAAGACUGCCGGGCAGAAGCACGAUGGCACCGUGGGCCUGCUCACCUACCCGGUGCUGCAGGCAGCCGACAUCCUGCUGUACAAGCUCAUCCCUUCCCCUCCUUCUCUGGAGGCAGCUGUGAUCAUGAACUUGUGGAAAAGCCCCCAGUCCACACACGUUCCUGUCGGGGAGGAUCAAGUGCAGCACAUGGAGCUGGUUCAGGAUCUCGCUCGAGGGUUUAACAAGAAGUAUGGGGAGUUCUUCCCAGAGCCCAAGUCCAUUCUAACAUCAAUGAAGAAGGUAAAAUCCCUCCGAGACCCUUCUGCCAAAAUGUCGAAAUCAGACCCAGACAAACUGGCCACCGUCAGAAUAACAGACAGCCCAGAGGAGAUAGUGCAGAAAUUCCGCAAGGCCGUGACGGACUUCACCUCGGAGGUCACCUACGACCCGGCCGGCCGGCCGGGCGUGUCCAACCUGGUCGCCAUCCACUCCGCAGUGAGCGGGCUCCCGGUGCAGGAAGUGGUCCGCCAGAGCGCCGGGAUCGACACGGCUCGCUACAAGCUGUUGGUGGCAGAUGCUGUGAUUGAGAAAUUUGCUCCAAUUAAGAGCGAACUUGAAAAACUGAAGUUGGACAAGGACCACAUAGAGAAGGUUUUACAAGUUGGGUCAGCAAAAGCCAAGGAAUUAGCGUAUCCCGUGUGCCAGGAGGUGAAGAAGUUGGUGGGGCUUCUGUAGGGAGCUUCAACUAAGGACGAAAAGGCUUUUCUGUUCAGUGGCCUGGGCACUCCGAUAAAGGCAGCUUUCCUUGCGAGCGAACAAUCAUAGUUUGGGGACAUUGAACUUGGUGUACCUGAUUUUGGCUUCAUUCGAUGAAUAAUGCUUUGUAGCCUUCAAACAGAGCAGUGUUCUAAAUCCUAUCAAUACAACACUGUGGCCGGAAAACAAACAAACAAAGAGACCAAGAAGUUAUAUUAUACCUUUCUGAAUCCUCAAUUUUGGAGGCAGACUCCUCGGCCUGAAUCCAUGUACACAGAUGUGAUGGAGGCGAUCAGUGAUUUGGCAAAUGGGGGUAUCAGUUGUGUGUCUCUCGAGCACACGUGGUCACCGGUGGUCACACUAUCUGUCCCAACCCUGCUGCAGUGACAUGCAGAGGUCUUAGACUUGUAACCCCUGGGAUGCCAUUGGACCAAUUUGUAGUCAGAUCUCAUAAAAAUAAGUUGAUGAUGAUAGUUCAUUUGUCACUGAGGCAGUGCCUGCUUUAAUGGAUUUAACCUGCUUGCUUCCCAAGAGAUUACACCGAUUGUUCCAGCAAGUUCUUUUUUUUUUUUUUAAAUU